GAGGAUUCUUUUACUGGACAAUCAAGCUCGAUCCGAUUCGCUGAUGUAGAUCAAUCCAAGCAGAAUAAAGAGCUGCCUCUUUCCAAAGAUAAACAUCGAGACUAUCGAUAUCUCGAAAGUCCGUCACGCUUAUCCGUCAUUGGUGCAGUGGUCUGAGGCGGCUAAUUCGAAUUCAGAAAUCAGUAAAUCGAUAUCUCGAGAGUCUAUCACGCUUAUUCCUCAUUGGGGCAGUCAUCUGAGGCGGCUAAUUCGAAUUCAGAAAUAAUUCAAUUAAAACAUUUUCAAUCAUGAUUUUUAUAAUUCCAGCGCGCUGUAGUGCGCAUUCGGUCUCGAAAAAGAAUAAAAUAUCGUCAUGUGUUGAGUGCGCGCGCGUGCUUUUUGGAAGGUGAAAAUUAUCGACCGCCAGAAUCGCAGUGACAGUGCAACGAGACUGAAUUCGAGUGACCUGUACUGAAAAUUCUACAAUCUGAGAAAGACUCUGAAAAUUAUUGAAUGAGAAUAGCCUCAAUUAACAAAAUGAGAAAACAAUCUUCGUCUGUUUUACAAAAUCACCUAUUGUUAAUUAAUAUUAACUUGAGAUGUUCGGAAAGGAGUGACAUAAAGUGAAUAGUAAUGGCAACUUCCUUUAUUGGAGCAACAGGCCUGACACUCGUAUUCUACAAUUUAUGAAGCGUUUCUGUCUGAUCAAAGAAAAAGAAUUAAUAGUGAAGAAGCAAUAAAGGGGAAACAUGCGAAAUUUUGGCAAGCAGUUGAGUCGAGGAUACGGAGAUCGACGUCGGCAUUAUUCGCCUUCAAAGGCCAGAGGAUGCUCAACUGUUCCAGAAAGCCGAAGGUGAAAAGCUGUUUAUUGUGUGAUCGGUCAUUACCGGAUUUCAAGAAUGCAUAAUCCUGGGGAUUUUCCAGUAGAUCUAGACUAGCACCUUGGACCCUGAAUUCAUCGAAGCAUUGAGACCAAGAGUCGGAAGAUGCAUGUUGAAUGUCAUUCCCAUUAUAGUGGUGCAUGUGCCUAUUUUGAAUCGACGAUUUCUUGGAUAUGCGGGAAAAAUUAAUAUGUAAAGACCCGGUAACACCACGAAGGCAUAACGUAAAACUAUGGAAAGACCGAAACCAGAGUCUUAAGACACUUUCGACAAGCCCACAUGGGGGCCUGAGGAUACGAACGUGGCUCCUAGCUAUUCUAGGAGCUUUAGUAAUGUCACUAAUAAUCAUCAAUACUCUCAUCACUGGCCAAUUCGGAGUGACUCAUCUUAUAAAUACAACACAAGAUAAGUACAUCGAUAAUGAGUCCCAACUGAUGAAUGUUCAGAAUAAGAAAGACGGCUUCCUAGUUCGAAACAACGGAUGUCGGAUAACGGCCUUCGAUCCCUUGGACUCGUUCAGCAAACGUUUCAUGAAAACUGAAGUACCAAUUCAAUGUGAAUUCGGGAGUCAGCUGCCUUUGGUAGAAUCGAAUGAAACUCAUAUAUUCGUAAAUCGUCAUGCCAUUAAUCAGUACUACAAUACUACCGAAAUGCCAAGGUGCUGCUGGCGAGAAUUUCGACGGAAGGAGAAUAAUGAUAAUCAAAUAACAAUGGACAAUGUUUGCCAUCCGUUCCAGAAUUCCACUCGGAUUCUCGCUGAAUUCAUCCGAGUUGAGUGUUGGCGCGAGGAGGUCCGAAUUUAUCGGGAUUACUACUUUUUUAUGCACCGUAAACCGGAAGUUGAACUUCGAUGUAGAACCGCUUCAAAGCACAAUGACCAAAAGGAGCUUGACCCCAUCGAAGUGGCUAAUUUGCGUAAACUAAGUCUUCUAGUUCUCGGCCUGGACUCAGUAUCUCGCCUAAACUUUCACAGAAUGAUGCCAAAGACCGUAAAAACCUUGGAGUCACUAUCCGCCAUUGAAAUGCUAGGCUACAAUAAAGUAGGAGACAACACAUACCCCAACAUAGUUCCGGUUCUAACUGGUCUCUCAGAAAAGGAACUUCAAACGACAUGUUGGAAUGAAACCAGUAAGCCCUUCGAUGACUGCCCCUUCAUGUGGAAGAACUUCAGCACAUCUGGUUACCGCACAAUUUUCGCAGAGGAUGCUUGCUCAAUAACAACGUUUAAUUACCUCAAACCUGGCUUCUACCGUCAGCCAACGGACUACUAUCUCCGACCCUACUGCGUAGCCGCUGAGAACGAUAUCGGCAAUACUCGAAAAUUAAAUACACAUUUGUGUCUGGGAACGCGUAAGAAUUUCGAAAACUUCUUAACGCACUCGAGUAAAGUUGCCAGAACAUUUUCGAAGGAUCCAUACUUUGCCUUUUUCUGGCAGGCAAGUUUAACUCAUGAUUUUUUUAAUUAUCCUCAGCUGGGUGAUGAUGCAUAUUCCAAGGCCAUUCACCAAUUUUAUCAAGAAGGAAUAAUGGAAAAUACGGCGUUAAUCGUUAUGAGCGACCACGGCAUGAGAUGGGGGGAAUUUCGGCAGACAUAUCAGGGGAGAAUGGAGGGAAGUUUACCAUUUGUAUUUAUGGUGUUGCCGAAAUGGUGGAGAGAGAAAUAUCCAAUUGCUUUUGCAAACCUGAGGAAGAACGCAGAAAGCUUAACGACUCCCUAUGAUCUACACGAGACUCUGACUGACCUUUUGAAACCUGAACUGGUUGAGGAAGAGAGGAUUAAGAAGAGGACUAAGAUUAUCAAUUGGUUUGACGACAAAAAGCUGCUACCCAGAGGUAUCAGUUGGUUCCUACCAAUUCCUGAAUCCCGAACAUGCGACUUAGCUGGUAUUCCUGGGCAUUGGUGUAUGUGUCAUACGUCCAAUGACUUUGAGAUUGGCCACGAAUCAGUGAAGAAUACAACUGCAUUUCUUAUAGAGGAAUUAAAUUCAAUGCUGAGGAAAUAUCCUCAAUGUGCAGUAUUGAGAAUAAACAGGAUCAAGGAUGCCAAGAUGUGGAAACAUACAGAGACAGAUGGUAAUGAUCCUUGGGUAGACUUGACAGUGACCAUCGAGACCCUUCCUGGAAAUGCCGUAUUCGAGGCAUCGAUCAGACAUGGAACUGAUGGCAUUAAUAAACUCAUAGGGUCCAUUAGCAGACUCAAUGCUUAUGGCUCUCAGAGCGCUUGCGUUAAUGAUUUCAAUAUGAGAUUGUAUUGCUACUGCGAGUAAACGAACAUGUAACGAAAACACUGUGUUCUCUGUGACGAAAUUAUUGAUUUACUAUAUAAACAAUAUUUUGUAGUAUUUUU